AUGACUAAAAUGUUUUUGACUUUUAAAUCAGCUUCGAAACGAGGCCUACUGCAUUAAAUCUUGCAAUUGUAAACCCUCUAUAAUCAAAAUUUAAUUUUUUAAAUGAUAUCUUGUGUAUUUCUUUUUAAGAUAGAGUCUAUUUUAUCGAAAACCCAAGAAAUAAAUGAUUUCUGCAUUUUUUGCAUGUAAACCAAAGCCAACUGGAGAAUUGAUAAAAUGUAAAUGAUCAAUCAGUGCUUAGAACUCUUCCUGAACUUAUAAUUCAGAAGCUUUCUUUCAUUGCAACAAUUUUUAUUCAGUUCUUCUUUAAUUUUCUUCUACUUAGUCAUUUACUCUAAAUGUUAUUUUAGUGGUUCCCCUUUCAUAUACAAAGAAUUUCUAAUUAAUCUAAUUUUUUGUAACUUUUCUAACCAAUUUACCAUAAUUCCGCAACUAUUUUUAUAAUUUGAUAGGAUUGGUGGUCAUUUAUAGAGCAGAAUUUCAGCCAUCUCCUUCAAUACAAUCUAUGUAUUUAUUAAAAAUCAGUAAAAUAGAUGGAAUUGCUUGGUUUUAGUGCCCAAUUCAAUGCUUUAAUUCAACCAAUUCUUUUGAAUCAAUUUUAUUAGUUAUUUCUAAUUGGUUUCACACUAUCCUUUUCGAAUUUAUUUUUUGAAUUUUAAUGA